AUGAGUACAGCUAAGGACUUGCCACGCGGCUGGAAGGAGGUGCAGAGUAAGAGCCGUCCGGACAAAAAGUAUUUCUUACAUGUCAAAAGUGGUGAAAAGACUUGGAAACUAUCGCAUGUACAUGCGAAAGAGCGUGAAUUCCGGCAUCGCACAGCGUCCGAAACAAAGAAGCGGCGUUCGACUGAUUCCGAAAGCAUUCAAGCGUUACAUAUUCUUGUCAAACACUCAGGAUCUCGAAGACCUUCAUCCUGGCGACAAGACUCGAUCACUCGUAGUAAAGCAGUAGCGCAAGCAAAGACACAGGGCAUUCGAGAUAAACUUGUGGCGUGUAUUGAGGCUAAUCCUGAGAGAUCAUCUGAAGCACUACGCGAGCUAUUUGAACAAAUUGCUAAAGAAGAAAGUGAUUGCAGCAGUGCAAAGCGUGGAGGGGAUUUAGGACCGUUUACGCGUGGGAAAAUGGCUCCUCCUUUUGAAAAGGCUGCAUUUGCUUUAAAAGUUGGUCAACUUAGUGAAUUAGUCGAGAGCGAUAGCGGGGUUCAUGUGAUCCUUCGAAUUGCGUGA